AUGACGGGAGGAGUGGUGGUAUCUCGCAACGAGAGUUCGUGCGCAGGCUUGGGAUUAUUGAGCAUAGUCGAAGUCUUCGGGACAGAUGUGGCGUCAGUGAAGGUGUUACCCGAGCGGAUGUACGAGAUUAUUCGAUACGCAGGAGACAGCAACUACCACGUGAGAGUCGAUAAGGGGGAUUUGACCUUCUUGAGAGGUGAGCCAAAUGGCCCAGUCUCCCCGUGUGAUGAUGCUAACGAGGUCAUACGCCGACUGCGCAAUUUUCUACCAGCCGACGUGGGAAAAACAGUUGAUAUCAGGAACACGGACGGCGAUCGGGCCAAAUGCAUCGUUCCCAAUGCGACGAGGGAAGAAAUAGAAGAAGACAGGAAUGUCUACAAGAUUCACUUCCACCCGUGA